AUGAUGGACGACUUCGUCAGCGAGUCGGAUAGCGACUACACGAGCUAUUGGCGCGAUUGGUUUAUAUCUUCUCGAGGCAAUGAGUACUUCUGCGAGAUUGACGAAGACUACCUCACGGACCGCUUCAACCUAACAGGACUGAACACGGAGGUCCAAUACUACCAAUAUGCGCUUGAUCUUAUCACCGAUGUCUUCGACCUUGAUUGCGACGAUGAGAUGAGAGAGACGAUCGAGAAAUCGGCCCGACAUUUGUACGGCCUUGUUCAUGCCCGCUUCAUCGUCACGACGAGGGGUCUUGCCAAGAUGCUCGAAAAGUACAAAAAAGCCGACUUCGGCAAAUGCCCCCGUGUGAUGUGCCAUUCGCAUCCGCUACUACCCAUGGGCCUCUCAGAUGUUCCCAACAUGAAGCCGGUUAAGCUCUACUGCGCUCGCUGCGAGGACAUCUAUAACCCCAAAUCAUCGCGGCACGCCGCCAUCGAUGGUGCCUAUUUUGGUACCUCAUUCCACAACAUCAUAUUCCAGGCUUACCCGGCCCUUAUCCCCACCAAGAGCGCUGAGCGAUACGUGCCUCGCGUGUAUGGCUUUAAGGUCCACGCCUCGGCCGCUUUAAUUCGGUGGCAGCAUCAAAAAAAAGGUGAGAUGCGGCGCCGGUUGAAGAAGAUGGAGGUCGACAGCGGUUUCCGUGAUGACGAUGUCCUAGACGAUGGAGACGAUGAGGAUAUCGAGUUUGAGGGCGUUGACAGUCGAGUAACUGGUGGCAACGACGGGGUUGCUAUGGCUUGA